UGUAAAAAUGUAAACAUUUCAUAAUUUCAAAAAUACCCUUCAAGUGAAACUCGCGAACGAACGAACGAAUUAAUUUGGAUUCUUAAUUUGAUAUCAAUAGUUAAAUUCAGACUUGUGCCGGUAUUACCAUAUUUAGUUGUUUUAGCGCAUUUAUUCGGAAGGAAAAGGACGUAGCAUUCAACAGCUGAGUUUGGAUAAUUCUAUUUUUUGUUACGGCAGAAAAGUUGUGCAUCUGAACUUUUAACUCUCUAAAGGUCUUCGGCUGUUGUUAAGUACCGUUUACAAUGGAGGCAAAAUUUCUCUGGAUAUGGAUGGCACUAUCGAUUUGCAGUUGUCUCAAAACAGUGCAAGCAGGCUGUUUGCUAGGAUGUCCAAGGGGAGAGUACUGCUGUGACAAUGAGUGCUGUGAACUUGUACAAGGAAUUAGCGGCCAGACUUGGACAUACAUUGGCAUUGGAAUAACCGCCUUCUUAAUCCUCCUUGUUGUUAUCUUCGGCUGCCUUUGUGGGCGCAUGAUCAGAGCUAAACGAGGCAAUGAGGGAGUGGUUGUUACGACUUACCCUCAACAAAACGCAAUGCUAAACGUCGUUAACACUGUGCCUGAUGCUCAGAUGGAGAAGGGCAUCUCUAACGCUGCAUACACAGGUCAACCGCAAGUGGUAAACACGCCUUAUGUGUACACCGUCCAACAGCAAAACCCUAGCGUCACCCCAUCAGCUCAACCAAUGAAAUCCUCCGGAUUUGGGUACAACGGUUCUUACAAAAUGAACCAGCACUACUACGCGCAAGCGCAAAAACAUAAACCUGUGAGAGCUAGCAGAAAAUUUGCAUUGUAGGCUAUGAAAAACACUCUGGGAGAAGUUUUACGUAUUCACAUGGCGUUUAACAUCAUUUAACAUAUGCUGCGAUAAUAUAGACACAGCACAAUAUGUGAACAAUCUGCCACUUUGUGAAAUAAUUCAGCCGAGCUUUGUUUUAUCGCUAAGCGACAAUGUAUAAUGUUAUGCAAUUUGGAUUUUAACGCAUUAUUUUAUACCGUUUUGGUUUGUUUACCCGGACAUUUUGUAUGUUUUUAUAUACUGUAUGGAUAUACAUUUUAAAGAUGUUUUCAGAUUGUUAACCGCAAUGCCUCAUUGAUGUAUAUUUUACAAAUUCAGUGCCAAUUAUUUCGUAUGCUAUCAUUCAAUUAAAAUGUUAUAUUUUGGUUUUAAUAGUAUAUGUAUGUUUAUCUCUAAAAAUAGAAGUAUACGGUGUUGAUUCAUUCAUUGGCACGUGUGGGCGUCUUUAUGUGUUGUAAACAUGAUAUUUUUAUCUGAAGCAUUAUUUUCCUUUUCGGGUAUUAGUACACUAUUUAUUUCAUGAAAAUACAUUGAAACACAUGUUAUACAUGUACUGUAUCAUCGUAAAUAUUGAGGAGAUAGCUGAAAGCUGAUAUUAUUACCCCUCUCGUUUAUUACACACAUGCAAUAUAAUUACUCGCCCAUUCCCUAAUGUAUUUGUUAACCAAUUAAAUCUAACCUUGUA